AUGGCGGCGAGCACUCGAACCCUCUUCCUCUCCUGCUUCAAUGGCGGCGGCGGCGGCGAGGUGAGCCGCCACCUCGCGCUGCGGCCGCGGUACCCGUCCAUGCCGCGGCGCCCUAGACCGGCCACGGUCGCCGGCGACGCGGGAGGAGGCGGAGGAAGCGGCGGCGACCUGGAGGCCGCGAAGGGGGCUGCGGAGAAGGCGGCGGAGGAGGAGAAGGUGGCGGUGUUCGAGGUGAUCGGAAUGUCGUGCGCCGCGUGCGCGGGGUCGGUGGAGAAGGGCGUGAAGCGCCUCCCGGGCAUCCACGACGCCGCCGUCGACGUCCUCGGGGGCCGCGCGCAGGUCAUCUUUUACCCCGUCUUCGUCUCGGAGGAGAAAAUUAGGGAAGCCAUCGAGGAUGUUGGUUUUGAAGCUAAGCUGAUCAACGAGGAGGUCAGGGAAAAGAACAUUCUAGUAUGCAGGCUGCAUAUAAAAGGAAUGACCUGCACUUCUUGCACAAACACAGUAGAAUCUGCCUUGCAAGCUUUUCCUGGGGUUCAAAGAGCUUCAGUUGCAUUGGCUACUGAAGAGGCAGAGAUCCGUUAUGAUCGCAGGAUUGUUGCUGCUAACCAACUUAUCCAGGCAGUGGAAGAGACUGGCUUUGAAGCAGUCCUGAUCACUGCAGGAGAAGAUCGGAGCAGGAUAGAUCUCAAAAUAGACGGCGUUCUCAAUGAGAGGUUAAUAAUGAUACUAGAAAGCUCUAUACAAGCUCUUCCUGGUGUGGAAGACAUAAAAGUUAACACUGAACUCCACAAGAUCACCAUCUCAUACAAGCCUGACCAGACAGGACCCAGGGACCUCAUCGAAGUCAUUGAGUCAGCCACAUCUGGUGAUAUUACUGCAUCAAUAUAUCCAGAAGCGGAAGGAAGGGAGCAUCAUAGGUAUGGGGAAAUCCAGCGAUACAAGCAGUCUUUCUUGUGGAGCUUAAUAUUCACUAUCCCAGUGUUUCUCACCUCCAUGGUAUUCAUGUACAUUCCUGGGCUGAAGGAUGGGCUCGAAAAAAAGGUUGUCAACAUGAUGAGCAUUGGUGAACUAUUGCGGUGGAUCUUGUCAACACCAGUCCAAUUUAUAAUUGGCCGCAAGUUUUAUACUGGUGCUUACAAGGCAAUGUGCCAUGGCUCCCCGAACAUGGAUGUUCUCAUUGCUCUAGGGACGAACACUGCUUACUUUUACUCAGUUUACUCGGUUCUUCGAGCAGCUACCUCUGAGAAUUACAUGUCAACUGAUUUUUUCGAGACAAGUUCCAUGCUCAUAUCAUUUAUCCUCCUUGGUAAGUACCUUGAGAUCUUGGCAAAAGGGAAGACCUCUGAGGCUAUUGCUAAACUGAUGGAUCUUGCACCGGAAACUGCAACACUGUUGAUACAUGACCAUGAAGGGAAUGUUGUAGGAGAGAAAGAGAUUGACAGUAGAUUGAUUCAGAAAAAUGAUGUUAUCAAAGUAGUCCCCGGUGGGAAAGUUGCUUCUGAUGGCUUUGUUAUAUGGGGCCAAAGCCAUGUGAAUGAAAGUAUGAUAACUGGAGAAUCGCGGCCCGUGGCAAAGAGGAAGGGUGAUACCGUAAUUGGAGGUACGGUCAAUGAGAAUGGUGUGCUCCAUGUCCGGGCAACAUUUGUCGGAUCCGAGAGCGCGCUGUCACAGAUUGUAAGGCUUGUAGAAUCAGCACAAAUGGCAAAAGCUCCUGUCCAGAAGUUUGCUGAUCAGAUAUCUAGAGUCUUUGUCCCACUUGUUAUUGUUCUCUCUUUGCUUACUUGGCUCGUGUGGUUCUUAGCUGGGAGGUUCCAUGGUUACCCUUACUCAUGGAUACCUUCUUCCAUGGAUAGCUUUCAACUUGCCCUUCAGUUUGGAAUAUCAGUUAUGGUGAUUGCUUGUCCUUGUGCCUUAGGGCUGGCAACUCCAACUGCGGUAAUGGUUGCAACUGGAGUCGGUGCCUCAAAAGGCGUUUUGAUCAAGGGUGGGCAAGCUCUUGAGAGUGCACAUAAGGUAGACUGCAUUGUAUUUGAUAAAACAGGAACACUGACUAUUGGGAAGCCUGUUGUUGUCGACACCAGGCUUCUCAAAAACAUGGUCUUGCGUGAAUUCUAUGAUUGUGUUGCAGCAGCAGAGGACAACAGUGAGCACCCACUGGCGAAGGCAAUAGUGGAGCAUGCCAAGAAGCUGCACUCAGAAGAAAACCACAUCUGGUCUGAAGCAAGGGAUUUUAUUUCAGUACCUGGACAUGGUGUCAAGGCCAAAGUUAAUGAUAAGAGUGUCAUUGUGGGGAACAAGAGCUUUAUGCUGUCAUCAGGCAUUGAUAUCCCCAUGGAAGCUUUGGAAAUACUAGCGGAAGAAGAGGAGAAAGCACAAACAGCCAUUAUUGCGGCUAUGGAUCAAGAAGUUGUGGGCAUAAUCUCUGUAUCUGACCCUAUAAAACCAAAUGCCCAUGAAGUGAUAUCAUACCUCAAAUCCAUGAAUGUGGAGAGCAUAAUGGUGACCGGGGAUAACUGGGGGACUGCUAAUGCCAUUGGCAAAGAGGUUGGCAUUGAAAAGAUCAUUGCUGAAGCAAAACCAGAGCAGAAGGCUGAGAAGGUGAAGGAACUUCAGUUGUCUGGAAAAACCGUGGCGAUGGUUGGUGAUGGAAUAAACGACUCCCCAGCACUUGUGUCAGCUGAUGUAGGUCUGGCAAUUGGUGCAGGAACAGAUGUCGCCAUUGAAGCGGCCGACAUUGUCCUCAUGAAGAGCAACUUGGAGGAUGUGGUCACUGCUAUCGAUCUUUCCAGGAAGACGUUCUUCCGCAUUCGAAUGAACUAUGUCUGGGCUCUCGGCUACAACAUCAUCGGCAUACCAAUAGCUGCGGGGGUGCUCUUCCCAUCGUCCCGGUUCCGCCUGCCACCAUGGGUUGCCGGCGCCGCAAUGGCGGCUUCAUCCGUCAGUGUCGUAUGUUGGUCUCUGCUGCUGAGGUACUACAAAAGUCCAAAGAAGUUUGGCAAUUGAUGGCACAGGAGCAACCUGAGCAGUAUUAGCUUGAAAUGAACCCUAGAUAUCAAUGAGUAUAAUCGUACAUAGUAGCGGGUGAACUUCCUGGAGUUGAAGUUGCGUAAAAUAAGCUGUACAUAUGCGUUACUUCUGUUGUGGAGUUCGAUCACAAGUUUUUUUUUCCGUGAAUACGUAGGAGAGCUGCGUAUCUUAAGAAAAAAGUUUUCAUACA